AUGGAGGUUGUCAUGGAGGAAGGAGGAGAUAUCUCCGGCUGCAGCUCCACCACCACUACCACAAUUGACGAUGACUUAAACUACGCAUUAGCGGAUUGGUCACCACUCAUCGUCCACUCACCAAUGUUUUCCGGCACCAACAACCUCCCGAGUGUCAUCGAGACUAUCAUCGACAAAAACACACCUAAAGAAGAAGUAGGAGUAGAAGAGGAAGAAGAUAAUAAAGGGUUGAGGCUUCUACACUUGCUCAUGGCCUCAGCAGAAGCCCUUUCGGGGCCGACAAAUAAGGGUAAGAGUAAUGAUUUAGCCAAAGUGAUAUUGGCUCGGCUCAAAGAAUUAUUGGUUUGGUCGUCGGAGAUUCGUUCUCCGACGAACAUGGAAAGCCUUGCUUUGCAUUUCACCAAAGCACUUGAAUCUCUCACUCAUGUUUCAAUAUCACAUGGCAACACCGCCGGCGCCGGAAAUUUUCUGACUGCAUUCCAGCUCCUGCAAGACAUGUCGCCUUACAUUAAGUUUGGCCAUUUCACUGCAAACCAAGCCAUCAUUGAAUCAGUGGCAUGUGAUCGGAGAAUACAUAUAAUCGAUUACGAUAUCAUGGAAGGCGUCCAGUGGGCAGCUUUGAUGCAAGAUCUUGUUUCCAAGAAUGAUGGUUUACCACCACCGCACCUCCGUGUCACUGCACUUGCUCGUGCUGGAGGUAAGCAAGUGAUUAAUGUUCAAGAAACCGGCCGUCGUUUAAUAGAUUUUGCAAAUUCAAUCGGCCAGCCUUUUUCGUUCAGCCAAUGCCGGCUUGAUAGUAGUGACAAAUUAUGUGCUUCUCGAAUUAAAUUGGUGAAAGGAGAAGCACUUGUAGUGAAUAUUAUGCGACAUUUGCCACACUCUCCACAUCGAUCACAAACGUCGAUGUCCUCGAUUAUCAGCCUAGUGGCUUCAUUAUCACCGAGACUUAUAACAGUGGUUGAAGAAGAGAAUGAAGAGAUGGAGAAAGGCGAAGGAUUUAUUUUGAGGUUCAGGCAAGUAUUGCAUCGGUACUCGGCUGUGUGGGACUCGUUGGAAGCCGGGUUUCCGAUGCAAAGGAUAGCGAGGGGGAUGGUAGAGAAUGUGCUCUUUGGGCCAAGGAUUGCCGAGGAUGUGAAGAUGGCGUUUGAGAGAAGUGAUGAGGGAGAUGGAGAUGGAGAAGGAGAUUGGGGUGGCGGAGAAGUUGAAUGUUGCCGGAUUUAGACCGGGAAAAAUAAGUUUUUUUAACCAUUGUCAAGCUAGAUUGCUUGCAGGUUUGUUUCAUGAAGGAUAUAGGGUUGAAGAGAAGGGAGUGAAUAAGAUUGUUUUAGGGUGGAAGUCACGGCCGUUGCUUUUGGCGUCUGUUUGGUCUUCUCCGGUGAGAAGCUCUAGGAGGAUA